CAGGACGACCCUGCAGGAAGGACCAUGCACCAGACCUUGUCGCAGCUAUGAGGAUGGGCGCCUCCGCCCUGACCCUGCCUGGACCAUCCUGACUAUUUCUGUCUCUCCCUUAGCUAGCAUAGGCCGAAGUCUCCCCAGCUCCCUGGCCCCAUGGCCGCUUGCCUCCCCCCAUUUUUGGCAAUGGUAGAACUCACACUGGUGAGGUAAUGGGAUCCGGUGGUUCUAGACUUGCCAACUAUGGGGCGAGGGCUCAGCCAGCACCCUGUGCACAGCCGCCAAGGAAGGGGCCAGCUGUGCUGGACCUGCUGCUCCGCCAGGAAGGAGGGGACCUGGGUCCUGGGACUGCUGGGCAGUGGCAGAGGGCAGGUGCAGCUGGAAGUGACACUCGGUGUUUCCCUGCAUCCCCUGAGGUCACAGGUCCUCAAGUCGGCUGGGAAGCUGUCCUCUGGCCCUCAGGGGCUGCUGCCAGAGGAGCUGGGGUCCAGUUCCCUUCUGGGCUUCGGGCCUUGAGUUAUGAAUCGGGGAGUGAGGGAGCAGGGAACACUGGGUUUCAGGGCUCUGACCCGGCUCCUCAGGGUGGUGAACCUUCUCACCCCCUCCCCUGAAAGGCCCUGUUUAGGGUGGGCUCUGGGACCUUGAGGGAGGGUCUCUUUCCCUUCUGCAUGUCACCAAGAGUGCUUCCUUCCUGGGCUGCUAGCUGGGAGGAUGAGGGCAAGGAGGGCAUGCCGAGCAUCGCAGACGUCUGGUUUGAUCCUGCUGAGGCCAUGGAAGGCCAGACAGGAUAAGCCUCCAGAGAU